GAAAUGGCACCCCACUCCAGUGUUCUUGCCUGGAGAAUCCCAGGGACAGGGGAGCCUGGUGGGCUGCUGUCUAUGGGGUCGCACAGAGUUGGACACGACUGAAGUGACUUAGCAGUAGCAGUCCACCUAGAUGCUGCAAAGCCAAGCUAAAAGACUUCGUGAGGGCUAGUUUAUUUCCAGUUUAUAAUUACCCUUAAAGUGAAACAUUUGGAGUUCCUAGGAAACUCCUUCCCUUUUAAUAAGACUUGGACUUUGAGUUUUGUUAUUCUAGUGCUUUGAGUCUUCUAAAGCUUCAGUUCACUUAACACUGGUUUAUUCCUUAACCUUUACUCCUUAACCAUAGAUGCCCUUAAGAAAAAUACAGUUAACCUUAUGAGUACUAAAAGAAAAUGGGGAAUUACUCUUUGACCUCAUAUAGGAAAAGAGUUUUUAACUAUGAGUCAAAAAUCUAGAUGCAAUAAAAGACAAAUCUGAUAAAUGUGACUAUUUUUUUAAUGCAUGGCAGAAAUACAUCAUAAAAAAAUAAAGCAACUAACAAGUUGGAAGUAAAUAUUUGCAACUUUUAUAACAAAGGCCUAAUAUAAUGUAUAAAGAACACUUGAAAAGUGCGAAGGAGCAAUAACCCAAUAGAAGAAUGUGGAAAAGGGACUUCCCUGGAGGUUCAGUGGCUAAGACUCCAUGCUCCGAAUGCAGGGGGCCCAGGUUUGAUCCCUGGUCAGGGAACUAGAUCCCACACGCCACAACUAAAGAUCCCACAUGCUGCAACUAAGACAUGGUGCGGCCAAAUGAAUAAAAAAUAUUUUUUUUAAAAGAAAAAGAUGUGGAAAAGACAUGAACAGACAAUUCACAAUGAUAUUUAAUUUGCUAUUAAACAGAAAUGCAAAAUAAAAUGCCAUGGAUAUACUACUACUCACUUAUCAGUGAAAAUUAAAAAGUAUGUCAUAUUAUGUUGAAAACUGGGGAAAUAAGCACUUACCUUUAUUUUUGGUGGGAAAGCAAAAAUGAGUCUGAGGUUCAGGGGAGGGGAUAACCUGGAUAUGUAGAUUUGGGAAUCUGUGUUUACAGGAAAACGGACAGAGUCAGGGAGAGAGAACACAUGGACUGAGAAGAGCUGAGGCUCAGGACACAGCUACACAAGGUGGCAGCGCAGGUCCCUGGUGGGACCAGCACCAGGGCUCUAGAGUCAGGAGGAGCUCGUCUUGAAAGCGGGCUGUGGGGCUGUGUGGCGCUCUAGGCAAAGUCUGGUACCAUCCUUGUGAUCAGCUGCUACAACUGGGGCUAAUGGGCAUCUCAGAGGGAUGCUGAGCGAAGACCCGAGAUGCUCCAGGUAAAGCACGUGCAGUCAGGAAACCUCUCCACUCCUGCUUUAUCGGUAAUGCCUCCUUCUCCAACUACCACCCUCCGCCGGCCCCCACCUUCCGGAGUUGUUGGGUCCCUCUGGGCUGGGGGCGAGGGAGUGGGGUGGGGGACCUGGUUCAGGUGAUGCCACGCUCACAUGACCGGCUGGGCGCCGACAUGGGCAGCAGCCCCCAUGCCCGCCCUGCCCAUGCAGAACCAGUUCCCAGAGCUGCCCCGGUGAGGGGCGAGAGGGCUUAGGCAAGCCCAAGGAGGUACAGACCCGGCCUGGGCCCCACAGGUCAGUAUGAAGGUGGUCACUGCUGGCGUCCUGGGCAGGGGUGGAAGCUGAUGGGACUAGGAUUCAGGAGCAGUGGGGAGAGACGGGGAGAGAGGAGGGGGUCCUGAGAUGAAUGUGGAGAAUGGUGAGGCGCAACGUGGGCAGAUGGCCCCGUCUCCUCCUCAACGGCCCUCCUCUGUGCCCUCCACCCACUUUUGAGCCUGAAAUUGUGGGGGUGGGGGGUGUGCCCCUGCAGUGCGAUGGUGAAACUUAGACAAAUUCUGAAAAUAAUUCCCUUUCACACUCUGAGCCCAGGAGGAAAUAAUUGACCUCACGUAAAGGGGUAGGGAUGCGGCUGGUUGCUUGCACAGGAGGAAGACACAGGGACCCAAAAUAGUUUGGAAAGCAUCCUGGUCUGGUGCCUGCGGCCUGAAAAGUAAUAGUGGCUGGGAUGCAGGAGAGGUAGGGGAAAAAUUGGAGGAUGAGGAGGGCCCGGAUUCAGGAAAGGGACCCCAGCCCAUGGACUGUGCAGUCCCUCUCUGUCUUCUGUCUGUCUGCAGGUCUGCAUGUCUGUUCCCAACACUCUGCAAGGCUAGAAAAGGAGGAGAAACCUGGCCAGAAUCCCUGCACGACAGGAAAAGGAGGGGACAUCUCAACAUGGAAAAACUGCAAUGAAAAUGAAGAAAAGUUGGAAAGUGAGGGAAAGCCAGAAGAUGAAGUAGAGCCUGAAAAUGAAGGAAAGUCAGAUGAGAAAGAAAAGCCGGAAGUGGAGGGGAAGUCAGAAUAGGAAUGAGAGCUCCAGAAUGAGGGACAGCCGGACGAUGAGAGACAACCCGCACAUGAGGGACAACCAGCAGAUGAGGGGAAGAAAGAAAAGCGGGGCAAGUUCGAAGCUGAGGGAAACCCACUCAAGAAGGGCAAGCCAGAGUCCGAGGCAAAGUCAGAGAGCCAGUUGUGUGCUGCCAAAGAGCGCCCUGCUGAAGAUUAUGUGCCCCAGAAGGCAAAAAUAAAAACGAAGGAUUCCCCCAAGGACUAUCAGCACAACUUACAGGAAAGGCAUCUGGGAGGUGAGGAGAUACUCAGAGAAUGUGGAGAUCUGUCAACGGCUCAGCUUCAGGAGCUAAGGAAAAGACAGAAAAUGGGUGGAUUUCAUUGGAUACAAAGAAAUGUACAGGAUCCAUUCACCCCAAGGGGCAAUGGGGUGUCAAGGGAAUGAAGGGAGGAGGGAGGAGCCAAAGGGGCAUACAUGAUAUCCCAUAUCUUUAAUGCCUUGGCAUUUGAUUCUGGUUUCUUUGAUGAGAAUAUCACUGACCCUGCUUUCCCUGGCAGUCACUUGCCAGGCUAUGUGUUUUAUCCUCAAGCUGAUACUUUGCUUUAGGUGUCACUGUCCUUACCAGCAGCCAUUUGAUCCAACUACAGUGCUCUGUGUUUCAGUAGGGGGUUUUCACCCACGUUCAUGGAAGAGAUGUUCAUGGUACACUGUAAAAAGAGCAAUAAAAAAACACUUUUCAGAACCACAUGUAUAGUAUCAAACCAGUUUUGUAAAAGGGCUUCCCUGGUGGCUCAGACUGUAAAGAAUUUGCCUGCAAUGCGAGAGACCUGGGUUUGAUCCCUAGGUCUGGAAGAUCCCCCGAAGGAGGAAAUGGCUACCCACUCCAGUAUUCUUGCCUGGCAAAUCCCAUGGACAGAGAAACCUGGUGGGCUACAGCCCAUGGGAUCGUAAAGAGUCAGACAUGACUGUGUGACUAACACUUUUCACUUUGUAAAAGUAGUAAAUGUUUGCGUAAUGCAUUUGUGCACAGAGAAAACCAUGAAAACUAAAAACUAGGUGAUAGUUGUUUCCUGCAUUGUAGCCAGAAAAUAGGUUUUGCCUGUACUCAAAGAUGAGUCCAAUUAUCAGAUGGUACCUCCAUGCCAUUCCUCCACAGGUAUGUCCAUCCCCAUGUUUUCCCCUAGUUGUAACCAUGUCAGUGGGCACUGGCAGCCCUUCUCCUGGGUCCUCUACCAUCCUAUAGCUC